GUUCUAUCUCAUUUACGCGCUCUUGUAUCAAUUCUGUUGGCAUUCAAGUCAUUCUAAUAACUUUCGAUCAAAGUAGUGUACAUAUAUAGCGAGAUAAGAGUUGAACGAAAAUCACAAAUUUUGUCGACUCCGCGGAAUAUGUAGUAAAUAAAAGUAAGCAAUGUAUGGCAAAGACGAGAGCCUAGAAAUUGAAUCGACAAUGGAAAAAUCGGAAUGUCAACAAAAGGAUAAUUCGAUCACCGAGUACUUCGAUUUGACGAAGGACUCGAAAUCGCCAACGAAAAAGAUGCGUCUCGAAAAUGAAGAAACUUAUGGUCGUCGGAAUCAACGUUCUUCAAGUCAAUCAAAGCAUGAAAGCCGCAUUGGAAAGAAGUUUCGCAAACGUUUGCAGAGUGUAAUCAGUAGCGUUAAGUGGACUGAAUUCAAAGAAAAGAAAAAGUAUUCAAGACGUUCGUCGAGCGAUAAGUCGGAAGAUGACGAUCGUGACUACCGUCGAAGACGCAGAAGCAAAAAAAGUUCAUCAGGUAAAUACUACCGAAGUCGAAGUCGCAGUCGAAGCCCAUCCAGACGGGAUAUGGACCGUGAAUAUUACCGCAGAAGAAGUGAAAGACGUGAAUCAGUUGAGAGAUAUCGCCGAAGUCAUUCUGAUGAAGAAAGAGAUGAUCAUACUGAACAACCCAGCGCAUCCAGACAAAGAAGAAUGGACAGUAGACGUAGUUGCUCCUACCAUAGAGAUGUCAAAUAUUCCAGACAAUCGAAGACUCACAAAUAUUCGAAUGAACAAGUCGUUAAAACCGAGCUCUUGGAGAGAUUCGAAGACAGCAAUGAAAAUGAUUCACACUGGUGCACGGAGCCAGAGUCUGUGCCAGAAAGUCGUGUCGCUGCAUCAGUUUUCGACCAGCUCAGAAAGAAAAUUCAGUCAACUUUGCAGCGCUCGUCGCAUCGGAACAAAAGUGUGACACAUGCCGGUCGAGAUUCGACCAGUCACCAUAACGUGCAGGAAUGGCAAGACAGUUUUGAUUUAGACGGUGAACCUUCAAAUGAGUCAUCGAAUUUACGACAAAUUGAUGACAAAACCGAAGUUCAACGAGAGAACGUAACUGACAAUCUGCAAGUCCUGGAAAAUGAUUCGAACAAACUGGCGAUGGACGUACAAAGACAAAAAAUUAAAUUUACUUUCACUAAAUCAUUGAAGACCGAUACGCAAGUGAGCAGCGUUUUCAAUGAAGCCUCAAACGAUAAUUUGACGGAUGCUCGAUCGAAACUGAGUAAUUUAUUACGGUCAGCAUUGAACGACAGAGACGAUCAAAAUGAUUGUAAUGAGGCCGUUAGUGAAACACCACCUGUCCAGGAACAUUCGGCAAUCGAUGAAGACUCGAUUGAUCAGGAGAUUAUCCAAAAAAUAGUUUCGCAAACACAAGUCCAUACAUCAUCAUCGUACGAAUUAUCCGUAGACGUUCCGGUCGGCUUUGAUUCGGUUGCAGCAGUCAAUUUGUUGGAGAACGAACUAUCGUCAGAGUCUCAUCGGUAUAGUGCAACGACGCACGUAAACAGCAGCGCCACGCAACUGGUACGCAACAAUCAAUAUUCACCGAGAGACGCUCAACCGUUCACUGGAACACCAAUUGUUUAUACCACCACCACGCAGGGAGUAGGCUCCAAUUAUUCGAGUUUACUGACGACUCGUUUCAAUUUGCCAGUUCCUUCAACGAAAUUCUUGCCAGUGGUUCCAUUCCGAAACGCAGCACUUCACCGUGAAAACCCUUUUGAGCACAACCCGUUCAAGACUGAAUUUGAUAGCAACGAUUGGACAUCUCAUUGUCCGUCGAUGUAUCGUGUUGAAACGAAGAACUCGCCCAUGACUUAUGGUGAACAUAAAAAUCGGCUAGCGUCGAGAGAAUUAUUGGGGAACUACAAAAUUCCGAAAAAAACGACGAAAGUAAAUUGUUCUACGGCACCUGUAUCCAAGAUGUCAGUCGUGGGUCACUUAGAUAACUAUGACCUGCCGAUGUCUGCUCAACGGAACGAAAAAUUGAAUACUCAAGUCAAGAUACAGGAUAAGAAACCAACUGCGAAAAAUACCGCAUCACACCCGGCUACUAAUGCGUCAAACAAAGAAAAUACGAGAAAAGUAUCGGCGAACUUCAAAAUUCCGAAAACGAAUCGGUCGUCAGCAAAUGCAUCCAACAAGUCAGUCGUUGAACCCAUCAAAGUCAUCGAAAAGAAUAAUAAAAACCGUGCUAAACACAACACACCAUUCAUGAAAUCGCAGUCACAUGGAACUAAAGAACCUAUGCUGAAUGCCAUCAAAAAUGGUUCCGAUAAUAUCGACAAUAAUAUGCGACCUAUAUCAAUAUCAUCCAGCUCGUCAGUCGACGAAUCGUCUUCCCAUGGAACUCCAGAAACGAUCGAAAAUGACGACUGGGAUAACUAUCGCCGACCGAUAUCACCACCGUUGAACGUUGAUGCAAAUAUUCUAGCUGCUAAGAACUCAACUGAGAUCGGUUCUGCAACGGAUCGGGCUACUAAUGUGUCUAAACAAGAUAAUGCGAUGGAAUCUUUGAAGGGCUGGAUGCAAACCAAUGAAUUUGCAACAUUAGUUGACCUAAUGCAACAGUUGGCUCAGCAUAAGAACCUCGAGAAAUUAAAGGAUGCUCUUGCGAACAAAAAUGACUGCCCCAGAAACGUACAGCAUGGAGAAGGUUCGAGCACCGCUUCGUUGGCCGUCACAACCACUGUUGGAUCGAAUGGAAAUACUAGCAACCGGAAUGGGAGUAUUCCUAAAUUCAAAAACAUUGACACAACCUGGCACAGUCUGCGAAAAGUUUUGGAGUGUCAAGAGUGUGACAAACCAGUUGGCAAUUCUUUAGUGAGCCAUUACGUCAAUCUGCAUCCAAAUUGUGAGAUAAUAACCAGUCGCCUUGCUCCGGAAGCGGCGGAAAGUUUACGAUCAGGCGUCUACGAUUCGAACAUUGUCGUUUCGAAACCAGAAAACUCAUCCUCUUACCACUACAAACAAUUUUGUUACUUUUGCAACGUUUACCGUUGUUACCAUAAAUUGUUUUGGAUCAAUCAUAUGGCGCGUCACACGGGUUACUACAGUUUGAAAUGCAACCAUUGCUCAAGAAAGUUUGCCUGCGGACCUCUAAAGACAAAGUGUGUCGAGAAGAGAAAUUACGAGGCCAUUCCACAGCCUCAAUUCAAAAAACGUCAUCUGUUGGCAUACGUGUGUCACCUCUGCAAUUUUGUUCGAUUUCACCAGCACGAAAUCGAAAUGCACUUGACUAACGAGCAUGGUGAAAUGAAAGACUCGAAAAAGUUCAAAGAAGUGACGUUCCUGAGCUUUCCGGAUGCAGAAGGAAAGUAUGAAAGAAAAAAGCCGACCAAAAAGUAUGCGAAAAGAAAGCCCAAGCCUGUGGACGAAUUUUUAGCAAAUUUAACUGAUGUGGACGAUGCGACUGAUUUGAAGGAUGAAAUUGAUUCGGAGAAUGAAAUCGAUUCCUUUAGUGAGGAUUCCGAAGGUGAAGAUGACAGUGACUGGUCCAAGUUGGGUAUUCGGGAUGAUGAAGGAGAGGACAGUUUUUUAGAAACUAGUUCGGACAGUGACUUUGUAUGAUCAAACUUUUCUUUUCACUGAUUUUAUUUCUAAAGAUCAUUAUAUUUGUUCGUUGAGAACGAAGACUACUAAGACGUAGAUUGUCUACUCUGAAUAAUAAAAUUCCUUUUUUCCUUCUUUUUUUCUCAAUUUGACCUCCAGCAUUUAAGUGUAACUUUAAAAUCAAUAAAGAACACUUUGUUACCA